AUGUCUUUAAACAUGUCUAGAAAUGGUUUCAAUAGUCGUAUUCCAUCUUCUUUUGGUGAUAUGAAGUCAUUGAGAAUUUUAGACAUAUCCAACAAUAACUUGUCUGGUGGAAUACCUGAACACUUGGCAAUGGGUUGUUUCUCACUAGAAAUACUUUGGCUAUCAAACAAAUAUUUGAAAGGUGAUAUCUUCUCCAACAAUGUGAACUUGACAAAAUUGUUAUGGCUACAAUUGGAUGGAAAUCAUUUUAGUGGAAAGAUCUCAGAAAGCUUGUUAAAGUGCUCCUCUUUAGAAGUAUUGUUUCUUAAUGAUAACCAUCUAUCAGGCAAGAUCCCAAGAUGGUUUGGAAAUUUAUCAUAUUUAGUUGACAUAGUGAUGCCUAAUAAUCAAUUUGAAGGUCCACUUCCGAAAGAACUUUGUCAAUUAAAUUUUCUUCAAAUUUUGGACCUUACAGAGAAUAAUAUCUCUGGAAGUUUACCAUCUUGUUUUGACACUUCAAGUAUCAAACAACUUCACUUAUCAAGAAAUAGAUUACAAGGACAACUAAAAGAUACUUUCUACAUUAAUAGUUCUUCCUUAGUGGUCUUAGAUCUUAGUUAUAACCUCUUAGAAGGGGAAAUUCCAAGUUGGAUUGGGAGACUUUCUUCUUUAAGUUACUUGGUCUUAAGUAGCAACAAUCUUAAAGGUGAAUUACCUACUCAGUUAUGUGAUUUGGGACAGCUACGCUUGAUAGAUCUUUCCAAAAACAAUUUUCAUGGUAAAAUUCCUUCUUGCUUAUAUUUUACUGCCCUCCAAGAAGGAAAUGGGAAUGAUGAAAUUUUAACUUCUGGGUUUGAGGAUGGAGGUAUCAAUGGUAGUGCAAAAUGGCUACGAAGGGAAAGCAAAGAAUCUAUACAAAUCACAACAAAAAAUCAAUCAUGGCCUUAUAAAGGAAGAAUUCUCAAAUUAAUGUCAGGAAUUGAUCUUUCAUGCAAUAAAUUGUCCGAUGGAAUUCCCCCUACAAUAGGAAAUCUUACCAAGAUUGUUUUUCUUAAUCUGUCUAAAAAUAAUUUGACAGGAUCAAUCCCAAUGUCAUUGUCAAAUCUCAAACAUAUUGAGAGCUUGGAUCUUUCCUAUAACCAUCUGAAUGGAAGAAUUCCUGCUGAACUAAUGGACAUAGGUUUUCUGUCUUUUUUCAGUGUGGCAUAUAAUAAUUUAUCUGGAAAUAUACCAUCUAAUCCUACAUUUGAAUACUUCUAUGAUGGAAAUCCUUUUCUUUGUGGAUUUCCAUUGAACAGAAGUUGCAACUUGGCAGAAUCACCGUCACUGGCACCACCAUCAUUAGCACCAAAAGCUUCAUCAGGUAGUGCAGUUCCUACGAUGUUGAAAUGGAUGGGGAUUUCAUUUGGUGUAGUUGAUGCAUUUAUUAUCAUACUCGUCGUGGCUAUUAUUUUCUUUAUUAGAUGGAGAAGACUUCGACUAGAAGCCAAGUUUCUAUUUGAUUUAAUGAGUGAAGCAAAGGAGCUUGAGAUUGAUGGAAAGAAAGACUCCAAUUUGAAAGUAUAUAGAGUAUCAUGCAUUAUGCUUGCUACAAAUAACUUUUCAUCUCAAAAUAAACUUGGAGAGGGUGGUUUUGGACCUGUUUACAAGGGUAUGUUGCCUGAUGGACAAGAGAUAGCAGUAAAGAGGCUGUCUGGAAGAUCCAAACAAGGACUACUGGAAUUCAAAAAUGAGCUACUAGUAGUGGCUAAAUUACAACACACCAAUGUGGUGCGGCUCUUGGGUUUCUGCAUUCAAGGGGAAGAGAAAAUUUUGGUCUACGAAUACAUGCCUAAUAAAAGCUUGGACGCACAUAUUUUUGAUGAAUCUAAAAGGAAGUUGUUUGAUUGGAGCAAAUGUUUCAACAUCAUCGGUGAAAUAGCUCAUGGGCUGCUUUAUUUGCACAAAUACUCAAGACUCAAAAUAAUUCAUAGAGAUUUGAAAGCAAGCAAUAUAUUACUUGACACAAAUAUGAAUCCUAAGAUUUCCGACUUUGGUAUGGCAAAGAUUUUCACUACCACUGGAUCUAUUGCAAAUACGAAUAGAAUUGCUGGUACACGCGGUUAUAUGGCUCCAGAGUAUGCUAUAGGUGGCCUUUUCUCAGAGAAAUCUGAUGUAUUCAGUUUCGGUGUUCUAGCUUUAGAGAUUAUAAGUGGUUGCAGGAGCAACAACAAUAUUUUUUAUAAUGAUCAGCCACUCAACCUCGUUGGAUAUGCAUGGCAAUUGUGGAAGGAAGAUGUACCCAUGGAACUAAUGAAUCCAACACUACGUGUUUCAUACUGUCAAGAUCAAGUUCUGAAAUGCAUUAACUUGGCCUUGCUUUGUGUUGAACACAAUCCAAUUGACAGACCUACAAUGCCGGUUGUUAUUUCUAUGUUAACGAGCGAAGGAGUGAAGUUGCCGAUGCCAAAACAGCCUGCAUUUUCCAUUGAACGGAGCAUUGAUGUGGGCAAUCCGAGUGGAAUAAACCGGGCAGACAACUUUUACUUUAUUCCUGGUUUGAAAAGUAACUUGCUUAGUGUUGGUUAUCUUAUGAAGAAAGGGUGUGAUUUGCAUAUGCAUGAUAAUGUUUGUACUAUAUCAAAAGGAAAUCAAGUUAUUGCAAAAAUUGGUGUGGCCUCUAAUAACUUAUUUCCUCUCCAACUUGAGACCACAAAUUUAUCUUGUUUUACUGUUGUUGACCAAAAUGUUGCCAAGAUGUGGAAUGAAAGGUUUGGGCUCUUGAAUUAUGGAAGUUUCAAGUUGUUAUCGAAAAAGGAGAUGGUUAGACGGAUGCCUAGAAUUGAUCAAGUUGAAGAGACUGAUGAAGCUUGUCAACUUGGAAAGCAACUCAAAAGAUCCAUUCCCUCAACAAUCAUGCUUGAGAGCAAAAAGGCCAUUGGAACUUGUCCAUUCUGA